CUGCGAGGCUAGGGGGAAGGAGAAGGGAUCAGGAGCGGGAGCUGAGGGGAGAGAGAGGCCGGUCCUGGUCUGGCCGCUGCGGCUGCUAGCCCGAGGUCUCCAAGCCGGGCUGCGGCUCCAUCCUCGGCUCCUGGGCACCGUCUGCGAGGCUCCGCCGACCAGAGUGAGAAAGCCGCGGGCGGCGACCGCCGCAUCAUGUCAGCCAAGGACGAGCGGGCCAGGGAGAUCCUGAGGGGCUUCAAACUAAAUUGGAUGAACCUUCGGGAUGCUGAGACAGGGAAGAUACUCUGGCAAGGAACAGAAGACCUGUCUGUCCCUGGUGUGGAGCAUGAAGCCCGUGUUCCCAAGAAAAUCCUCAAGUGCAAGGCAGUGUCUCGAGAACUUAAUUUUUCUUCGACAGAACAAAUGGAAAAAUUCCGCCUGGAACAAAAGGUUUACUUCAAAGGGCAAUGCCUAGAAGAAUGGUUCUUCGAGUUUGGCUUUGUGAUCCCUAACUCCACAAAUACCUGGCAGUCCUUGAUAGAGGCAGCACCCGAGUCCCAGAUGAUGCCAGCAAGCGUCUUAACUGGGAACGUUAUCAUAGAAACAAAGUUUUUUGACGACGAUCUUCUUGUAAGCACAUCCAGAGUGAGACUUUUCUAUGUUUGAGAGAAGAAUGUGUGUGCAUUUCAAGAAUUUGGGUUUUUUGGAGGGAGGAGGAAACUGUUUACUUUUUUCCUCCACACGUUUGAUUUUUGACACAUACACCCCUAAUUCCCUCAACAGCAGAACCUACCUGCAGCCACCAGGGGACCAGGUCUGUGUAGGUAACCAGAUGGCUCUUUUUCCCAAGCCGCCAUCUUCCAGCUGACCAGACUAAACUCCCAACCCCAGACCAGGGCAGGGGACAGGUCUCAAGUCCUUCCCAGCAUACACACAGGGAACAAACACAUACCACAAACCGGGAACUGUACCUGUCACCCUCCUUGUCUCCUCCUUGGGCCCUACAGGCUACACAUCUACCUUUGGCCCCUGGUUUGGAAAAAUUCCGUGUUCCUGACCCAUGUUUAGUUUUUUCCUACCAUUUCUAUUUCAUACAUUCUCAUACAUUUAACUUGUAAAAUAGACUGUGAUAUUAUUACAUAAUGUAAUUAAAAAUAUGAAUUAAAAUAUUCCUACAGUCUUUAGCAUGGCA